GAGAACUUGUCCCUGUCUGCAGCGCCGGAGACACCUCACCAUGGCCUCUGAAUACACCAUGAUGGACCCCAUUUGUCUGGUGGAAAACCAGAAAAAUCAGCUGACAGUAAAUCUAACAGCACUGGAGAUUCUCGACAACAUCUCGCAGCCUGUGGUGGUGGUGGCCAUCGCAGGACUGUAUCGGACAGGAAAGUCCUACCUGAUGAACCGCCUGGCAGGACAGAACCAUGGUUUCCCCCUGGGCUCCACAGUGAGGUCUGAAACCAAGGGCAUCUGGAUGUGGUGUGUGCCUCACCCCUCCAAGCCGAACCACACUCUGGUCCUUCUGGACACCGAGGGCCUGGGCGAUGUGGGAAAGGGCGACCCUAAGAAUGACCCGUGGAUCUUUGCCCUGGCCGUGCUCCUGAGCAGCAUGUUUGUCUACAACAGCAUGAGCACCAUCGACCACCAGGCCCUGGAGCAGCUGCACUACGUGACUGAACUCACAGAGCUCAUCAGGACAAAAUCCUCCCCCAGCUCUGGUGACAUAGAGGACUCGGCCGAGUUUUUAAGUUUCUUUCCAGACUUUGUUUGGGCUGUACGUGAUUUCACACUGGAGCUGGAGUUAGACGGACGCCCCAUCUCUGAAGAUGAGUACCUGGAGAAUGCCUUGAAGCUGAUUCCAGGCGAGGAUCCCCAAAUCCAGAAAUCCAACAUGCCUAGAGAGUGUAUCAGGAAGUUCUUUCCCAGGUGGAAGUGCUUCGUCUUUGACCAGCCUACAACUGACAAAAAAUUAUUACACCAUAUGGAGGAGGUGUCAGAUAACCAACUAGAAUGGAAUUUCCAGGAGCAAUCCAAAAACUUCUGUCAAUAUAUCUUUACACAUGCAAAACCCAAGACCAUAAGAGAUGAAAUCAUUGUCACUGGAAAUGGGCUGGGCACGCUGGCAAAGGCCUAUGUGGAUGCCAUCAACAGUGGAGGAGUGCCUUGUUUGGAGAACGCGGUGACAGCUCUGGCCCAGCUUGAGAACUCGGCGGCCGUGCAGAAGGCAGCCGAGCACUACAGCCAGCAGAUGGACCAGCUAGUGGAGUUCCCCACAGACACGCUCCAGGAGCUGCUGGACCUGCACGCAGCCUGUGAGAAGGAGGCCAUUGCAAUCUUCAUGGAGAAGUCCUUCAGGGAUGAAAACCAGGUGUUCCAGAAGAAGCUUAUGGAAACCAUAGAGAUGAAGAAGGGACAUUUCUUGCUGCAGAAUGAAGAGGCAUCUGGCAAAUAUUGCCAGGCUCAGCUUAAGCAGCUGUCAGAGCCCUUGAUGGAAAGUAUUUCAGGAGGAACUUUCUCUGUGCCUGGUGGAUACAAUCUCUACUUAGAAGCAAUGGACAAGCUUGAAGAAUCUUAUACCCUGGUGCCCAAGAAAGGAGUUAAGGCAAAUGAGGUUCUCCAAGGCUUCCUGCAGUCACAAGCAGCAACAAAGGACUCCAUCCUGCAGGCAGACACAGCCCUCACGGCCACAGAGAGGGCCCUGGCAGCUGAGCGUGCCAAGAACUGGGAAGCUGAGAAGGAGCUGGAGCUGCUAAGACAGAAACAGAAGGAAGAGCAGGAAAAAUCGGAGGCUCAAGAGAAAAGCUUCCAGGAAAACUUAGUGCAACUGAAGGAGAAGAUUAAGAGAGAAAGCGAAAACCGAUUGAGAGAGCAGGAAAGAAUGCUGGAGCACAAGCAGAAGAUCCAAGAAGAACUACUUAUUGAGGGAUUUGAAAAGGAAUCGGAGAAGAUGAGGAAAGAGAUAAAUCAACUAAAAGAAGAGAUUGAAGAAACUGAAAACAUUUGGCCUUCAAUAUUUAUAGAGCUCUUUUAUAUGGCAGCUGGUGUAUUACUAGAGAACUCCCUGGCCCAAUGAAGAAAAUGAGUAGAUUUUAUUUUUUAGACAGGCUGAGAAUAUUUGGUAAAUAUAUUAUAAAAUGUUCCUUACAGUAUAAUAGCAUAACACUGUGGCUCAUUUUAUAAGUAUGUGUGCCAUAGUAGUUUCAGCCAAUAAAAGUUUAAAAAUAAAGAGUGAUUACCAAAGGAUAUCAGGGCCUGAUAUACCAAAAAAAAAAA